AUGUAUCAAAAUCCAACAGAAAAUUAUGAAAAACACGAAAAUAUUGUUUUUACGCCGAGAGAUAAUAAUCCUUCAGUAACUGCGGCAAUCGCAACUAGUAAUGAUGAACGAUAUCCUACGACCUCUUUUGCAAAUAAAUCAUCUCACAAUCAACAAUUUACCAGUCAUAUUUCUAACGAGCAACAAAUUUUAGAACAGAACCCACCAAGUACCUAUUCCCCACACAAUAAUCCUCCAAUCCAUUCACCUAGCAUGAAUAAUGCCAGCCCUUCCCAAAUACAAACGGUUGAAAUUCUCGGUUAUGAAAUUAUUAUAAUCCCCACAUCAUCUUCGUUGGCAAGUUUAACCAGUUUAGGCGUGCAACAUCAACUUCAACAAGACAACGCUUAUUUGGAUCAUUCGGUUAAUCCACCACAAUUAAAUCAAGAACGGAAUUAUACCUUUGCAACAAAUGAAUACGAUCCAACUUUGCAAUACCCGUCUCAUGCGCCACAGUCUCCUCAAAUACAAACGGUUGAAAUUCCCGGUUAUAAAAUUUUUAUAAUCCCUACAUCCUCUCCAUUAGCAAGCUCAACCAAUUUCGACAUGCAACGUCAACUUCAACAAGGCAAUACUUACUUUGAUUAUUCUUCUUUUUCAGUUAAUUCACCACAAUUAAAUCAACAACACUAUUUUUCUAGUGCAUAUGAAACUUCUAUAAGUGAAAAUGUUGUUAACGCUCAUAAUCACGUUUCAGAUAAUACACAGCCCCAACAAAACUAUUUAGGAUUAAAUGAGUCGCUUAACAGUUUCCAACAACUUUAA